UCGCCAUUGUAGCGAGCCGGUGACGGACGCACGACGCACCGGGACGAACGUGUUCGCGAUACGCGAUCGAGUCAAGCGAAUCAAUCGUUAACCCAUUUGAUAACUAUGAAUCGGUCGUAGUUUGUUUUUGCAUUAAAUAGUGUUUGUUGUGGUGUGACGACAGCGAAGGUGGACGGCGAGGCUCUAACGCGUGAGGAACGAGCCGCCAACGUGGAUCUGGAGCUACACCAACGUGCCAGCGGUCACUUUAUGAGUGCCGCUGGUGCGAUGUGCGAGCGUGCGGGCUACGGUGGCACGAUGGGACACUUCCCAAUGAGCCACAUGUCAAUGGGCGCUAUUGGAACGAUGGGCGCGAUUGCCAUGAACGGACAGGCACAGCAGAAAAAGAGCCAGGAGGAGCACAUCAAGAGGCCCAUGAAUGCAUUCAUGGUGUGGUCGCGCUUACAACGGAGGAAGAUAGCCCAGGACAACCCUAAGAUGCACAACUCGGAGAUCUCGAAGAGACUAGGUGCAGAAUGGAAGCUUCUAUCAGAAGAUGAGAAGCGGCCCUUCAUAGACGAGGCAAAGCGGCUGCGGGCUAUGCACAUGAAGGAGCACCCCGACUACAAGUACAGACCGCGGCGGAAGCCCAAGACCCUCAGGAAGGAGGGAUACCCCUACUCCAUACCCUACCCCAGCGUGCCCAUGGACGCGCUCAGAGCUGGCAUGGCGGGCGGCGGCAUGGGCCAAAUGGGUGGCUACUACGGCGCGGCGUACGGCCCGCUCGGAGCCAGCAUGGCGGCCGCUGCUGCUGCGGCUCAGCAGAGCGCCAUCUCUGCAGCACUCACGCCCAAUGCACAGAUGGGAUCAACAAUGGACAUGUCCAAAUAUUCGAUCGAGGACAAAUACCGUUACGGUAUGUACACCGAUCCUUCCCGAAGCUACUUGGAUUCCGCGGCGCUAUCAAAAGCUUAUAUGUACAUGGACCAACAGCAACAACGCUCAUAUCCAAUGGACAUCAGCAAGAUGUAUUCAGAAGCAUCCGCGGCAGCUAUGGCAGGGUUGAGCUCUGCUGUUAAUUCAUCCUCCAGUUUAUCGCCUAGAUCUCCCGCGGAGUCACCUGAUGUGACUCCCAAGACAUUACAAGAGCGAGCCGAAGGCAGUUCGUCAUCCGGUUCGAAUCCUUCCCCUUCUCUGCCGUAUUAUCAAAAUUCAUCCAGUCUACUGUUGCCUCAGUACCCGGGGCAAUACGCGCAAACAACUCAAGCCGGAUCAGAAUUCCGGAGGCCACUGACUGUUAUAUUUUGACCUGAAGUGUAAUUAUGUUAUUGUUGAUGUUGAACAAUUUAAUGAGAAACA